AUGAUAACAGAGAAAUCUACACUUGUAUUUUCAGAGAAAAACAGUAUUUUUGAAUUUCAUAACAGUUCACCAAUAGCCAAUAACAGGUAUAAGUGCAUCCAAACAAAAUGAUAAUCUCUUUCUCACCAUAUCCGAGGAUUCAACAAUGCGAUUAUAUGAUUUGAGAUUGUAAUCAUCUGUUAAAUUAUUCAAUAUGGGUAAAGUAGACGAAUGUUAAACUGCAAAUUGUCUACUCUCUGAUACUCAAGUAUAUGGAGCUAGAAAUAAUGAAGUAAUUUAAUUAAUACUAUUUCAGAUUUAAUUAUUUGAUAUUAGAUAAGACAUUAUUAUCAAGGCUUGUAAUUAAAAAUCAGAAAAUGUGAGUGAAAUAAAUUAAAUAACUUUUGAUCCUCAAUAAUAACUUAUUUCUGCUAAUUUUGAUUCGUAUUAUAUUAUUCUCUAUUAUAAGUGGUUCUACGUCUAUUUUUGAUAGAUAAUUAAAUCAUAGAUCUACUCUUAAAGAAGGACAUGAUAAUGUUAGUAUUAUUUCAAUAUUCUAUUUAGAUUUGUUUUAGUGGAGAUUUUAUUUAAGAUGAUGGAGAAUAAUUAUAUGUUUCUACAGGAUUUGAUUAUAAAAUUAUUCUAUGGGAUUAUUCACAUUACCAUUAAAUAUAAGAAUAACCAAUACUCUAAUAGGAAUCUAAAGCUAAAAUCUUAUUUAAAUUUGAUUUAAGUACUUAAAUUCAUUUUUAAUUAAGGCACAAUUCAUCAAUAGUAUGCACCUCUAACUGUCUCACCUCCUGUUAUUUAUUCUGCAAUUAGCAAAGAUAAUAUGAUAUUAAUUUCAACUGAAACUGGAUAAGUCUAUUGUUUUAAAGUUUAAUAACUAAAAAGAAAGAAAAAUAAAAAACCCCCCAUUCCUGAAUUUGUUAUUGAUGCUCAUUAAAGUAAAGUAAUGAGAUCAGCAUAUUUAAAUGAUAAAAUAAUUACAAUUUCAAAUGAUUAGACAUUUGCUAUAUGGAAUCAAAAUGUUUAGGUUUUAAGAGCCAAAAUUAAAAAUAAACCAAAUUGGAUAGAAACUAUAGGAAAUAACACUGUUCUUGUCAGUGAUAUUUCUAAUAAAUUAUCGAUAUUUGAAAUAGUUUGA